GUCAUCGCUGCCCUAGAAGCACGUCGUUCUCUCUGCGUGCUCCCUCGAUCACCCGUUCGGCGCAAGGAUGGCCUUUUCGCUUUCUAACUCAACCAUUCUUUCAAGCUUUCGAUCCCGUUUUCAGGGAGAGGGACCGGAUCAUAUCCUGCGUCGUGGGUACCACAUCGAGCUCGGAGCUCGUGAGAAAGCACUUUUGGAAGAAGAUCCCGCUUUGAAAAGGUUCAAAUCUUACAAGAAAUCCGUAAAGCAAGCAUCAAAAAUUGGAAAUGUGCUAACUAUUCUUGCAAUUGCUGCCUGCAGCUAUGAGAUUCUUGCAGUGGCAGUUUCAAAGUAACUUUAGAGAUGUCACUGACAGCACUUUUGGUUGGUGGAGUUUUAUUUUCAAAAUACAACUUAGUAUAUUCUGUCUGUUUAUAGAACCACUUUUGGGUUUCAUUUGCGUAUUUAUUCAAUGAAGUUACAUUUUCAAAGCUUUUGAAAGGUGAUGAAUAAUGCUUUUUGGCCAGAUUCAGACUAACCAAGUAAGGCAUUGCAGCUUUGUAACUAUAAGUAGUAGUGCUUUUUAUUAGUAUUUAGAACUUUUCCUAUGUGAAACAUUUGAAUUAUAUUUGACUGAUGAAGUUUUCACACAAA